GCGGGUUGCAGAACAAAUAAGCAGGCUCUCUCUUAGAGAAAAGAUGCAGCUUGAAGUGUGAUGCAUAUAAAUUCAGGAGCGUACUGCAUUUGCUGGCUUUUUGUGUCAAAUAUACAGUGGGCUGCUGGCGCUGCUUUGGUGCUGGGUGCCAGGUCUCCGCAUCCUCUCCUGAUGGCCCCGGGUUACUGAUUCUCUUCUGCCUGGGUGAAGAGCGUGGUGCCUGAAGUGGGACGGGCAAAGAGGGGAAACUCUGGCCCCGUCCCGUUCUCCACUUUUAAUGAGCGCUCCGAUCAUGCAGGAGUAAAAUUUCAGGUGGAACAGCGCAGAGCUUGCACACACGCCCGCUCGUCCAAAAGUGCUUUUCAGUGAAAGAGUAAGGAUUCGCGAAAAGCUGCGCAGGGAAUUACUUUUUAGGAACGCCUGGAGGACUGUUUUACCUUCUCAGGUUGGGAGGUUAUACAAGGACAUCUGCCUGACCUGCUGAACCAGCAUCAUGAAGAGGGCAGCACUCACCAUCGUCUGCCUCGCGCUCCUCCUGUCCUGUGCUUGCUGGGCCAAGCCUAACGGAUCAAAGAACAAGAAACCAAAGCAAGUUGUUCCAGCCAUCGAGUGUGACGUCAGAGCAGGAAAGAUCAAUCUCCCGGAGUUCAUUGUCAAAUGUCCCGCUCACUGCAAGGAGACGAAGCAGCAGGUCUAUGGGACAGACGUGUUCGCCUCCAUCUCCAGCAUCUGCAACGCGGCCAUCCACAGUGGCAUCAUCACCAACGCAGGAGGAAAGGUGAUCGUGAGGAAGAUGGCCGGCCAGAACAUCUACAAAGGCAGCAAUUCCAAUGGAGUGCGCUCCCUGUCUCUCCCUAAGUGGAGGGAGUCGUUUGUUGUCUCAGUGGGGAAGCCCAAGAAAGGGGUAAUCUACCCAUCUACUCUGGACUACGUCCCUUCAAGACCAACCUACGUGAAGACAAGUCAAAAGGAGGCCAAAUCCCCCGCGGCCACCACGGCGCUGCCUACGACAGCAGCCCCUGAACCAUCCACAGCUACAACACCUGAACCCACUACCACCACCGCCACCACCACACUGGCUCCCACCACCACUACACCUCCACCACCCACUACCACCAAGGCUCGAGCUGCUGUCCAUAAAGUCAGGGAUGCAGGCAGCAGUCACCCAUACCUUGCCUCUGUAGCAGCCGCAAGUUCAAGACAGUCACAGAAUGGUCAAGGAAAGAGUUUCAGCCAAGUAUUCAGAGGAAGUGCCUAUCCGAAUAGAUUCCCACAGCGUGCCAGUGCAGGUAUGCGCAGACCAGAGGCAGGGUCGGCUAUCAGGAGGCAGCCAUCCUCUCCAGUUGGCCCAGCUUUUAACAGGGUUCAGCCAGCCCCACCCGAGCGGACUCCAACCAUGAGCCAGUCCAACCCCGCUUUUCCCAGAAGGGAUUGGCCGCCCCCCUCCUUCCCUCGUCCUGAUUGGUUCCCUGGAGUUCGACGGCCAGCAGCUGCUGAUGCCUCCACCCUCUCUGCUGUACAUUCAGAUGUUAGUUACGCAGCGCCAGACUCAGGAUACACGUGGAGUGAGACGGACACACCUGAGAUGACAGCUCGGGAUCACAGGCCUGAUAUCUCAGAAUAUGAGCGCUGGUUUUAUAACUUUGGACCGUACCUGCCUCGUGCCACUGACUCAGAUGGCAACCGUAAAGUGCCAUUGGAUACCACCCAUACUAGAGUGGAGCCAGUGGAUGCAUGGAAGCCAGAAGCAAACCUUUAUGAAUCAGGCUUUAAUGUGAGAGAGCAAGAACCUGUACCCAGAACACCUGAGCCUGUGUCACAGGGAGACCCAAACUGUAAGGUGGACCUGGCCUUCCUGAUGGAUGGCAGCUGGAGCAUCGGGAAGAGGCGCUUUAAGAUCCAGAAGGACUUCCUGUCUGAGGUGGCUCAGGCCAUCAACGUGGGUGUAGCUGGACCCAUGAUGGGCAUCAUCCAAUAUGGGGAUGACCCGGUGACAGAGAUCAGUCUGAAGUCUUACUCCAGCUCCAGAGAGGUCAAGUCAGCCAUAGAUAAGGUUGUGCAGAAAGGAGGCCUCUCCAAUGUGGGAAAGGCCCUCACCUACAUCAACAAGCAGUACUUCAGCGACGCCAAUGGAAACCGAGGAGGGGCUCCUAACGUGGCCGUGGUGCUGGUGGACGGCUGGCCCACAGACAAGGUGGAGGAGGCGUCUCGGCUCGCUCGGGAGUCCGGCAUCAACAUAUUCUUCGUCACCAUCGAGGGCCCUGAUGACAACGAGAAGCAAAACCUGGUUGAGGCCAACUUUGUUGAUAAGGCUGUGUGUCGGACAAACGGCUUCUUCUCCCUGCCUGUGGCCAGCUGGUUUGCGCUGAGGAAGGCCGUGCAGCCCCUGGUGAAGAGAGUGUGUGACACCGACCGCCUGGUGUGCAGCAAAACCUGCCUGAACGCCAACGACAUCGCCUUCGUCAUCGACGGCUCCAGCAGCGUGGGAACCGGCAACUUCCGCACGGUGCUGCAGUUUGUGGCCAACGUCACGCGAGAGUUCGAGAUCUCUGACACGGACACGCGGGUCGGGGCCGUGCAGUACACCUACGAGCAGAGGCUGGAGUUUGCCUUCGGCCAGUACAACAACAAGGCCGAGCUGCUGAACGCCAUCAAACGCGUCAACUACUGGAGCGGCGGGACCAGCACCGGUGCUGCCAUCACCUACGCUGCAGAGCAGCUUUUCAGCAAAUCCAAACCCAACAAACGCAAGAUCAUGAUUGUCAUUACGGACGGGCGCUCCUACGAUGACGUCAGGGCACCUGCACUGGCUGUCCAUCGCCAAGGUGUCAUUGCCUACUCCAUCGGCAUUGCCUGGGCAGCCCAGGAUGAGCUGGAGUACAUCGCCACGGACCCCGACAAGGAGCACUCCUUCUUCGUGGACGAGUUCGACAACCUCUACAAAUUUGUGCCCAAGAUCAUCCAAAACAUCUGCCAGGAGUUCAACUCCCAGCCCAGGAACUGAGGACGGACAGGUGGAGGACAGGUGUAGAGAGGGACAUCUUGAUCCUGGUCUUAACAGAACACUGACUGUAAAUUUGCUCACUCUGUUGCCCAGAUGGCGGAGCUGGAUUGGCUGCAGCGCCCCAUAUUUGAACAGGGAGGGGUUUUGAAUUUAGGUGAGGAUUUUGGGUUUGAACAAAACAAAUCUUAAAGUGAAUCAGCAUUCAGUCCCAAAUGUACAGAUGGUGCUAAUGGUAAACGGCUUGUAUACACAGUUACAUACUGACAUCUCUUCAUACUGUGGUGCAGGUUGUUCUCAGUUGGUGCCAUAAAGAGAACAGAGCAUCCCCAUUUAAUAACGGCACUAAUCAGUCAGCUUUUAUAAAGGGUUUAAAAGGUGUAAAUAAGGGUUUUAGUACUGUAAGUAAAUCCUUAACUAAUGCUUUAUAGAUAAGUUAUAAGCCAAUAAUCAGAACAACAUUUGGGUUGCCAGGUUGUGAAAUAUCCCCCUAGAUGGUGCUAAUCCUCUUCUGGCAUCAUUGCGCGUCAUGCAAACCUCUCUAAUGCAGCGUUUGUGAGCUGCAGAACAUCUGCACCAAAAUUCGCUCAUUAACAACCAGAUUUGAUGGAUUAGAUUUGUAACCACGAGCUUGUGAAAGCAAGUGACACGCAGGAGGAGCCAAAGGGACUUUGCACACCUUGGGAACCCAAAGAUUGUUCUUCAUUAAAGCGUUAGUAAACGAUUCAUUAACAUCAAUAAAGCCCUGGAGUGCAACUUACAUAACCGUAUUGAAAGUCGUCUUAUUAGGAGGUGGUACCAAAAUGAUUAACAAACAUUAAGCUACCUUACUGGGAUAUGGUGCCUGCAGAGAAAUGUAGAUUUAAAGCAUGCCUAGCACUUCCUCUUAUGGCUUAACAUACUUCAUAAACUUAAUAACAUGGUGCUUUUUAUACAAUUCUCUGUAAAGAGGAUAUACUGUCAUAGAAUUGGUGCAUUUUGAUCUUCUUAAUAGGAGAGAUUUGAUUGUAGGGACAUUGUUAAAGUUCCUCUCAAAGACUAUGGUGCUGAUAUUGAGUGGUAGUUGAAAUGAGGCUUAUGCGCGACAAAGCGGGUGUGAAAGGCAAAUCAGCAACAUGGAGGAAAGAAGUGGACUUGCGUGAGAAGCGAGGAGAGAGGAGCUUUUGUGUCUGAGAGCGAUGGCAGGUCAUGAGUUUGCUUCUCUGGAUUGAAAGCAACCGAUCUCAUCACUCUUGUUUUCUAAUAGUGUGGUCGCUUCUAACAUUGCAGGCAUUUCUGUUUUGUUGAAAGAGUAUUUAUGAUUUUCUCCCUGUUAUGUCCUGUUUGUACAUAUGCAUAUUAAAAGCCUUUCGCUAAUAAUGUUCAGAUAAUUGAUCAAUAUUUUUUUUUUUGCAAUUUUUAAUAAAAUAAAGAAAAUGAAGAGAA